GCAGUGUGCAGCAGAGGGACCGGAGGAGGUCAGGCGGAGAAGGCACGGCUCUGCUGUGCGUUGUGUCCGGCUCCCUGGCUGCCGUUUCCAGAUCACAAUGAGUUUUUACGGGUCAAACCAGGCGCUCAACUCGGGCCGGAGGGCCAACUCGAGGAGCAACCUCGCUGGCGGGAUGACCUACCAUUACGCGCGGAGCGAUGUGGCGCACGGAGGCGGUAAUGGAGUCGAGCCCAUGGUGGAAGGAUUUAAUAGAUCGGCGACGUUUUCGAGGGCGACGAUGAAGGGUAGCAGGAUGAUGAGCAACACCAUGGGGAGCGCCACGAUGGGCGGAAUGAGUGGCUCCAUGCCCAACCCCCCGAGAACCGCACAGAUGGAGGCUCUCUGCAAGGAGUACCUGCAGAAGGCCGAAUACGCCAUUCAGACCGGCUCUCCUGAUGCAGCGGAAUACAUGAGGAUGGCAAAAGAUGCUAUUGAGAGGUUAAAAGCCUUUGCAAUGGAGAUGAAUCAAAUGGGACAACCCACUGACAAUGUAGUCAGGAGCGUGGAGCACUACCAAGACCAGCUGAGAGGGGUCCACAUGGGCAUAUCUGGCACCUCGCUGAGGAGGAGGAGCACCAGAAAGAGCUCUGGAGGCUGGGAAGAGCCUGGAGUGAGCUUCUAUGAUGCUAUUGCUUGGAUCCAUCAGCAAAAGCGUUUGAUUGAAACAACUGCUUUGGCUGACGACCCUCCAUCCAUUGAACAGCAGCUCAUUAACCACCAGAGGUUUCACAAGUCCCUGCAGGGGUCGGCUGAGAUGAUCAGAGCCCGCGAUGACCUGUCAAAAAGUCGAGACAAAGCCAACCAGUAUGCCCUUGAGCAGGAGUGGGAAAAUUUACAGAAAAUGUCAAAUUUGUGGGCUGAGCAGCUGCAAGAGCUGAUCCAAAUACUUCACCAGAUAACCAAUGAGAUCAUAUGGGUGAACAGUAAAGAGGAAGAGGAGCUGAUGUUUGAUUGGGGGGACAAAAAUGUGGAACAGUACAUCCCCAAGAAGCAGGAGAGCUACUCGAAACUGAUGAGUGCCUUGGAGGUGAAAGAAAAGGAGCUGCAUAAACUUAAGGCUAAAGUGAAAACGCUUCUGAACAACAACCACCCAGGAUCUGACAAGAUUGAGGCUUACAUGGACACUUUGCAAACUCAGUGGAGCUGGCUUCUUCAAAUAACAAAAUGCAUUGAUACCCAUCUGAAAGAGAAUGCGGCGUAUAGCCAGUUCUUCAGAGAGGCUAGUGACACAUACAAGAAUUUGCAAAAGGAACAUGAGACAAUCCGAAAGAAGUUCACUUGUGACAAGAACACCCCACUGGAAGACCUUCAGGAGCUCCUUAAAGGCCUGGAGAUGGAGAGGGAACAUAUCAUGGACAACAAGCGGCAGGUGAAACACUUGACUGCCAUGUCAAAAGGUAUUGUGAGGUUGAAACCCCGAAACCCAGAGGAGAAGAACAGCAGUGGCAUCAUCGUUAAGGCUCUGACUGACUUCAGAGAAGACCAGAAAGCUAUCCUUAAAGACAACGAGGCCAUCCUGAAAGACAACAGUCAGCGCAGUAAAUGGCUGGUAACCGGUCCAGGAGGGAUCGACAUGUUGGUACCGUCUGUGUGCCUGAUUGUACCACCUCCUAAUCCACUGAGCAUCAGCCUCGCCAACAAGAACGAGCAGUAUUUCGAUUCCAUCAUGUCCAUCUGGAAUCAGCUGUACAUAAACGUUAAGAGUCUCAUCUCCUGGCAUUACUGUCUCAGAGAAAUCAAUUAUGUCAACUCCCUCACCAUCUCUAUGUUGUCUGAGAUGCAUCCUGAGGAGUACCGUCAAAUCAUGAAGAAGUUGGAGAGUUUCUAUGAGGAGUUCAAAAUUAACAGCCAUGACUCAGAGAUGUUUGUUGAUGAAGACAAGAAGAGCAUGGAGAACCAGGUUACUGUGGCCCAAGCCCACUAUGACAAGCUAGUGGUAGAGCUGCCCACAUACACUGGACAUCAGGAACAGAUAGAAGUACAGCAAAUACCUGAGCAACAAGUUCAGCCACAGCUGAUCAUAAUACAACAACAACCCCAACAACAUCAACUAUUACUACUUCAACAACAGGAACAGCAGCGACAGCAGCAAGUCCUUCUGCUACAACAGCAGCAAGAAAAACAACAGCAACUACUUCUACUACAACAGCAGCAGCAAGAAAAACAGCAACAACUACUACUGCAACAGCAGCAGCAAGAAAAACAACAGCAACUGCUUCUACUACAACAGCAGCAGCAAGAAAAACAGAAACAACUACUACUGCAACAACAGCAACAAGCUGCAGCAGAGGAGGAGGCCAGAAGGCUGGAGGAAGAAAGACGUCAAGCAGAGCUUAAAAGGCAGGCAAAGAAAGAAGUGGCAGAGAAGGAGCAGGUGAUCAAGAAGGAUGUGGUGAAAGUAGCAAAAAUGGAACAAAGGAGAAAAGUUUCCUCCUCCUCUUCUUCUGCGUUCUCCUCAGCACCUCGUCUUUUAUCUGAGCUGCAUGGCCUCAGACUGAGGAUGGACACUGCUGAGGGAUCACUCAGUCAGUAUGUUCAUAUUUGCUUUGGAGAUGACGGCGCUAAAGACUGUGGUCUGAAGAUCACUCAGCUAGAGUCAAUACAGGACGAUGUUUCCUCAAUGCGUGGAGAGUAUACACAUUUAAGAGAGCGUAUCCUGAAGGAGAUGGAAACCACUAACGAUUUAGAUAAAGCACAGUUCCUCCGCAAUGAGAUCGCAGUGAUGAGCCAGAAACUGGGCAAUCUGGAGAGCAGCUCAUCUGCUUAUGUACUAAGGUUGCGGGCUCUAAGGGACAUGCUGGAGAGCGUAGCACGAGCUGAAGACAUUGUCAAAGUUCAUGAAGCAAGACUGACAGAAAAAGAGACCACUUCUCUAUCUCCAGCUGAAGUCGGUGAAUACAUGGAGGCCCUGAAGAAUAUGAAAGCAGAGCUGAUGCAGAAACAAGAUGUUCUGACUUCUAUGGAGUCAGAGCUGUCUAAGGCGAGCCACUGGAACAGUCAGAUGGGCAGCUCCUUCCACAGGUGUGACCUGAUGUUGUCAAAGUUCACAGAGCAGGUGGGCUUGCUCUCCGACCGCUGGAGACGAAUCCAGAAACAGAUUGACACCAGGCUGCAGGAUUUGCAGCUGUAUCUGCCUCAAUUGCAGCAAUACAAACAAGUCUACACUUCUUUCACUGAAUGGAUUGAGGCCACGCGUAGAAAACAAGAUGCACUACAGGCAACCAAGAUAGAGAAUGUUCAAGCAGUAAAGGACCACAUCACCAACCAAAAGGUCCUGAACACAGAAAUUAAGGCAAAGCGUGAGACACUAGACAGUGUCCUGCAAAACAUACACACAUGUGUGAAUACUAUCAAGGACUAUGAAACAGACCUCGCCUCUUACACCUCUGGGUUGGAAACAUUGCUCAAUGUCCCCAUCAAGAGGACAAUGCUUCAGUCACCAUCAAUGGAUCUUAACAAAGAGGCAAUACAUCUUCAAACUCGUUAUACAGAGCUGCUUAUUCUGUCUGGUGACUACUACAAAUUCCUGGGACAGUUGGAAAAAAACAUGGAGGAGCUUAAGAUGCGAAACACCCAGAUAAAUAUGCUUGGAGAUCAACUUCACUCUCUGAGAGAAGAAAUGGAAGCACGCAAUGCCAAAAACAAAUCACUGGAAGAGGCUGUUGCUCAAUUCAAGCUGCAGCUGUCUCAAUCGCAAGAGCGGUUGCUGUCAGCAGAAGAGAUAAAGCAAAAAACUGUGAUGCAGUGCAGUGCCACCAAGGACAGUUUAGAUUCCACUCAGGGCGAGCUGGCUAACCUCAAAAGUGAGGUUCAACGCCUCGAGUACAAACUUGAUGACGAGAGAAGGAAGGCAAAACUGGCUGAGGAAGGCUACAAGAGGCAAAAAAAUGAGUGGGAGUCUGUACUGAACCAGAGGCAGAAAGAGCUGGACAUGGUCUGCAGGUCCAAGAAGGAUGUGGAAGACAGUUUAGCAAAUAAGGAGCAUGAGAUUGAGCAGCUGCGCCAGAAGCUGGCUAAUGAAUCAACAAGGUUGAUGGAUCUUCAAAAAGAGAUGUCAAAGGUAAGGAGCAAUUUCAGUAUGGAGAUCAACAGCUUAAAGCUCAGCUAUGAAUCCCAGAUCCAAAUUAGUCGCACAGACAUCCAGAGGCUUUCUGCCCAGAGGGAUGAGAAUACAGCUGAACUGCAGAUGCAAUAUGAAAGAAUGGAGACAGAGAGGAGAAAUCUGGAAGAUGAAGUCAGGAGGCUUAGAAAUUUUAUCAGUCAGACUGAAGAGCAGAAGAAGAAGGCUGAGGAGGAAUGGUGUAAUCAGCGUGCUAUGCUGAUAGAGGACGGGCACAAGAGGAGAGAGUUAGAAAGUCAAAUGGAGUUGUUAAUGAGGCAGAGAGAUGAAGAAAGAAAUCAACAUAGAGAUGAGUUGGCUGAAAUCCUAAAGACCCUACAGGAGAAGAAUGACCAACUGGUUUAUGUUACUCACAGUUUAGAGGAGGAAACUCGUAGGAGGAAGACAUCAGAGGAGGGACAGGUGGUUCUUGAGCAGUCUUUAGCUCAGCUACAAACGGAGUUGAACAGUUCUUCAGAGGCUGCAACACAACUGAGGGAGUACGAGGAGCAGCUUCUUCAGACAAGCUUCCAACUGGAAAGAGAGAAAAAGGAGAGAUGUAGGAUGGACCAAAAUAUGAGCAGGUUGCAGGGACGAAUCAAAGAGCUGCAGGGUGUGAGAGAUAGCCUUGAAAGUCAGGUGGAGAAUCUGAGGAAAACACAUCAAGAAGAGUUAGUCAAGAGAAGGCAGGUAGAAGCAGAAUUAGAAAAGACCACUCGGACUAUGACAGAGUACACAAACACCAUCACUGUACUGCGCCAGAGCCAAGAACAGGCCAGCAUAUCUGAAACUAGAGGUGAAAAGGAGUGCAUUCAGCUAAAAGAAAAGCUUGAGAAAACCUUGAGACUAAACCAGAGCUUCUUAGACCAAAAUACUCAGCUAUGUGCUGAGGUGAAAACCUUAAAGCAGCAACUUCUGGAGGAACAGUCCCGGGCAAAGGAGGCAAGCCUGGCAAACGAGAGUCUUUACAAAACUACUGAGGAGAAGAGUAAGGCUCUCAGUGAGAGCUCGGCUGAGCUAAAAAGACUUAAAGAGUUGAUAGAAACACAGACCAAAGAAGAGCUGAGGAUAAAAGAGGAGCUGAGGGCAGUACGACAGGAUAAAGAAGAACUCUUGAAAUCCAAAAAGGGAAUUGACGAUGAACUCUCUUCACAAAUUACUGCCCUGGAACUACAGCUGCAAGCCUGUGAGUGCAGCAAUGCCGAACACCGCAACCUGGUGUCACAGCUGUCCUCUGAAUGUGAGAAACUGAAGCUGGAGGCUGAGAAAAUUCAAAAGCAGGUCAUGGAGACACAAACAUCGUUACAGUCCCUUCAGUCCAAGUACAGUGAGAUUGUAAGUGAAAAAGAUUCUUUGUCGCUGAAAUUGCAACGGUUUGAAUUUGACAAAGAGCAAAUGCUAAGACUACAGGAAGAAGUGAACCACAUGAAACAUUCCCACGAGUUAGAGCUUCGUAACAAGCAACGUCUACAAGACGACAUUGAGAGGGGGAAGAGAGAUUUGAAUUUUUGGAAGGAUCAAUGUGAUAGCAAACAAAGUUUGAUAAGGCAGUAUGACACUGACAAGGAUAUUCUCGAAAGGGAUAAGAAAUCCUUAAAAAGUGAAAUAGAGAGGUUGAUGAAAGAACACAGAGAACUUGAGGAAAAAUAUAAGAGUAGACUAUCCGUCCUCCAAAAACAACUGCAAGAUGGGACAAUUGUUAGACAGACCAUGGAGACUGAGCUAAAGCAAACUAGAGAACCUCCAAUCCCAGAUGCCUCCUCUGUGGUUUUUGAUGGAGUCCGCAAGCCAGUCACUGCAAAGCAAUUACUUGACUCUGGAGUUUUAGACAAACCAACAUAUAACCAGCUUCUGAAGGGACAUAAGACAGUUCCAGAAGUGUCUGCUGAGAAAAAAGUCCUUCUUAAAGGCACAGGGCCAAUAGCUGGGGUGAUAAUUGAAAGUCCAAAAGGUCCAGGGUCUAGCAAUAAGCCAUUUUGCAAACUGACAUUUACUGAAGCCAAGAAAGAAAAUCUUCUUCCACCAGAUAGUAUCGACUUACUUCUCGAUGCACAAGCUGCUACAGGGCACAUCAUUGAGCCAAGAACCAAUCAGAAGUUAACAGUGAAAGAAGCAUAUAAUCAAGGAGUUAUUGAUGAUGAGGACAAAGAGAGGUUACUUGCAGCAGAAGCAGCAGCUGUUGGAUAUGCUGGGCCUGGCAAAAACAAACCACUGUCAGUGUUUCAGGCAAUGAAACAGGGAGUUAUUGACAAAAACACAGCACUGCGUCUGUUACAAGCCCAGGAGUCUGUUGGGGGGAUUUUGGAUCCUAUACUUAGUGUGUUCCUCCCUAGAGACAUUGCCACUGAGCGUAACCUUAUUGAUGAAAGCAUGUGUAAUGCUCUGAAUCAGAGGCCAGAGCUCUAUCUAGACCCAGAAACUGAAGAAGGUGUGACCUAUAUGGCAAUGAAAAGGAGAUGUAAAAUAGAGCCACAUACAGGUCUUUGUCUGCUCCCUAUUCCUGAAAAAGUGGAUCCUUCUAACCUUGUAUUUGAUGGCGUUCGGAAACCUGUUACUGCCAAGCAUCUGUUUGAUUGUCAUGUUCUUGACAAGCCAACAUUUAAAGCUCUUGAAAAUGGAAAGAAAACAGUACCUGAAGUUUCUGAAGACAAAACUGUGAAUUUAAAGGGCACUGGGCCAAUAGCAGGUGUUGUUGUAAGCGGCCAGCGUAAAAUGUCUCUAACUGAAGCAAAAAAACAAAUGCUACUGUCUGAUGAAUGUGCAGAUUUGCUACUUGAAGCACAGGCUGCUACUGGUCACAUAAUUGACCCAAAGGCUAACAAAAAGUUGACUGUUGAAGAGGCCUAUUCAAAGGGAGUAGUGGACAUUAAUGACCUGGACAGAUUAUUGGCAUCAGAAGCUGCAGCAAUUGGUUAUAAGGAUCCUAAUAAACCCAAACCUAUUUCAGUUUUUCAGGCCGUGAAAAAUGGACUUAUAGAUGAAAAGACUGGAAUACGAUUUCUGCAGGCUCAAGAGUCAGUUGGAGGAAUCCUAGAUACAAAUUUUAGUGUAUUCCUACCAAGAGACACAGCUAUUAAACGCAAUCUUUUAGAUAAAAAUCUUUGUCAAGCUCUAAACCAGAAACCUGAAUAUUAUGUUGACCCUGAAACAGAGCAAAAGGUCAGCUAUCAAGCACUGAAAAAUACUUGCAAGAUAGAACCACAUACAGGUUUGUUACUUUUGCCUAUCCCUGAAAAGUUAGAUCCUUCAAAACUGAUCUUUGAUGGUGUAAGAAAGCCUGUAACAGCAAAGCAGUUAUUUGAUUGUGGGGUACUGGACAAACCAACUUUGAACCAACUAAUGAAGGGAGACAAAACUGUUCCAGAAGUAUCUGUGCAUAAACAGAUAUCCCUAAAAGGAACAGGAUCGAUUGCUGGUGUGACAAUUGGGUCUUUAGGAAAAAUGAAUGUUUCAGAGGCAAAGAAACAGAUGCUUAUGUCCCCAGAGAGUGCAGAUUUGCUUCUGGAAGCCCAGGCUGCCACAGGUCACAUCAUUGACCCAAUGACCAAUCAGAAAUUGACAGUAGAAGAGGCUUGUGCAAGGGGAGUGGUGGACAGACAUGAUCAAGACAAACUCUUAGCAGCAGAAUCUGCUGCAGUUGGAUUCAAGGAUCCUCACACAGGAAAAUCUCUAUCGGUGUUUGAGGCGAUCAAGAAGUCAUUAAUCGACAAAAAGACAGGACUGCGUUUGUUGCAGGCCCAGGAAUCUGCAGGGGGUAUUCUUGAUCCAAAUCUCAGUGUUUUCCUGCCAAAAGACACAGCCAUAAAACGCAACAUUUUGGAUGAAGAGCUCUGUCAUGCCCUUAACCAGAAACCCAAGAGGUAUCUUGAUCCAGACACAGAGUGGGAUGCUACUUACAGUGAUUUAAAGACAAAAUGUAAAACAGAACCACAAACUAAUCUCUUGCUUCUACCACUUACUGAGAGGAAAGAUCCCUCCAAACUGAUGUUUGAUGGCGUUCGCAAACAAGUCUCUGCUCGUCAACUGUUGGAAUGUGGUGUCGUUGACAAACCAACAUUUAACAAGUUGAUCAAAGGGGAGAAAACUGUCCCAGAGGUUUCUUUAGACAAAAAAAUAUCCCUAAAAGGAACAGGAUCCAUUGCUGGUGUCAAAGUUGGAUUUUCAGAAAAAAUUUCCAUUUCAGAGGCAAAGAAACGGAUCCUAAUGACCCCAGAGAGUGCAGAUUUGUUGCUGGAAGCCCAGGCUGCCACAGGUCACAUCAUUGACCCAAUAACCAAUCAGAAACUGACAGUAGAAGAGGCUUGUACACAGGGAGUGGUGGACAGAAGUAUUCGAGAUAAACUCUUAGCAGCAGAAGCUGCAGCUGUUGGAUUCAAGGAUCCUCACACAGGAAAAUCUCUAUCAGUAUUUGAGGCGAUGAAGAAGGCAUUAAUUGACAAAAAGACUGGAGUGCGUUUGUUGCAGGCUCAGGAAUCUGCAGGGGGCAUUCUUGAUCCAAAUCUCAGUGUUUUCCUGCCAAAAGACACAGCAAUAAAGCGCAACCUUUUGGAUGAAGAGCUCUGUCGUGCUCUUAACCUGAACCCCAUGAAUUACAUUGAUCCAGACACAGAGCAGAAUGCUGCUUACAGUGAUUUAAAGACAAAAUGUAAAACAGAGCCACAAACUAAUCUGCUGCUUCUGCCACUUACAGAGAAGAAAGAUCCCUCCAAACUGAUGUUUGAUGGUGUUCGCAAGCCAGUCUCUGCACAGCAAUUAUUAGAAUGUGGUGUCCUUGACAAACCAACAUUUAACAAGUUGAUCAAAGGGGAGAAAACUGUCCCAGAAGUUUCUGAAGACAAAAAGAUAUUUCUAAAAGGAACAGGAUCCAUUGCUGGUGUCAAAGUUGGAUCUUCAGAAAAAAUGUCCAUUUCAGAGGCAAAGAAACAGAUGCUAAUGACCCCAGAGAGUGCAGAUAUGCUUCUGGAAGCCCAGGCUGCAACAGGUCACAUCAUUGACCCCAUAACCAAUCAGAAAUUGACAGUAGAAGAGGCUUGUUCAAGGGGAGUUUUUGAAAAAAGUAUUCGAGAUAAACUCUUAGCAGCAGAAUCUGCAGCGGUUGGAUUCAAGGAUCCUAACACAGGAAAAUCUCUAUCAGUAUUUGAAGCGAUGAAAAAGGCAUUAAUCGACAAAAAGACAGGAGUGCGUUUGUUGCAGGCCCAGGAAUCUGCAGGGGGCAUUCUUGAUCCAAAUCUCAGCAUUUUCUUGCCAAAAGAAACAGCCAAGUCGCGAAACCUUUUGGAUGAAGAGCUCUGUCGUGCCCUAAGCAUGAAUCCAAAGCAUUACCUUGAUCCAGACACAGAGCGGGAUGCUACUUACAACGAAUUAAAGACAAAAUGUGAAUCAGAGCCACAAACUAAUCUGCUGCUUCUGCCACUUACUGAGAGGAAAGAUCCCUCCAAACUGAUGUUUGAUGGUGUUCGAAAACCAGUCUCUGCUCGACAAUUGUUGGAGUGUCAUGUACUAGACAAACCAACAUUUAACAAGUUGAUCAAAGGGGAGAAAACUGUCCCAGAGGUUUCCUUAGAUAAAAAGAUAUUUCUUAAAGGAUCAGGAUCCAUUGCUGGUGUCAAAGUUGGAUCUUCAGAAAAAAUGUCCAUUUCAGAGGCAAAGAAACAGAUGCUAAUGACCCCAGAGAGUGCAGAUUUGCUUCUGGAAGCCCAGGCUGCCACAGGUCACAUCAUUGACCCCAUAACCAAUCGGAAAUUGACAGUAGAUGAGGCUUGUACAAGGGGAGUGGUGGACAGAAGUAUUCGAGACAAACUCUUAGCAGCAGAAUUUGCAGCCGUCGGAUUCAAGGAUCCUCACACAGGAAAAUCUCUAUCAGUAUUUGAGGCGAUGAAGAAGGCAUUAAUCGAUAAAAAGACAGGAGUACGUUUGUUGCAGGCCCAGGAAUCUGCAGGGGGUAUUCUUGAUCCAAACCUCAGUGUUUUCCUGCCAAGAGACACAGCCAAGAUGCACAACCUUUUGGAUGAAGAGCUCUGUCGUGCCCUUAACCAGAAUCCAAAGCACUACCUUGAUCCAGACACAGAGCAGGAUGCUACUUACAGUGAUUUAAGGACAAAAUGUAAAACAGAGCCACAAACUAAUCUGCUGCUUCUGCCACUUACUGAGAAGAAAGAUCCCUCCAAACUGAUGUUUGAUGGGGUUCGCAAGCCAGUCUCUGCACAGCAAUUAUUAGAAUGUGGUGUCCUUGACAAACCAACAUUUAACAAAUUGAUCAAGGGGGAGAAAACUGUCCCAGAGGUUUCUGAAGACAAAACGAUAUCUCUAAAAGGAACCGGAUGCAUUGCUGGUGUAAAAGUUGGAUCUUCAGAAAAAAUGUCAAUUUCAGAGGCAAAGAAACAGAUGCUAAUGACCCCAGAGUGUGCAGAUUUGCUUCUGGAAGCCCAGGCUGCCACAGGUCACAUCAUUGACCCUAUAACCAAUCAGAAAUUGACAGUAGAUGAGGCGUGUACAAGGGGAGUCGUGGACAGAAGUAUUCGAGACAAACUCUUAGCAGCAGAAUCUGCAGCAGUUGGAUUCAAGGAACCUCACACAGGAAAAUCUCUAUCAGUAUUUGAGGCGAUGAAGAAGUCAUUAAUCGAUAAAAAGACAGGAGUGCGUUUGUUGCAGGCCCAGGAAUCUGCAGGGGGUAUUCUUGAUCCAAAUCUCAGUGUUUUCCUGCCAAGAGACACUGCCAAGAUGCGCAACCUUUUGGAUGAAGAGCUCUGUCGUGCCCUUAACCAGAAUCCAAAGCAUUACCUUGAUCCCGACACAGAGCGGGAUGCUACUUACAAUGAUUUAAAGACAAAAUGUAAAACAGAGCCACAAACUAAUUUACUGCUUCUGCCACUUACUGAGAGGAAAGAUCCCUCCAAACUGAUGUUUGAUGGUGUUCGCAAGCCAGUCUCUGCACAGCAAUUAUUAGAAUGUGGUGUCCUUGACAAACCGACAUUUAACAAGUUGAUCAAAGGGGAGAAAACUGUCCCAGAGGUUUCCUUAGAUAAAAAGAUAUCUCUAAAAGGAACAGGAUGCAUUGCUGGUGUCAAAGUUGGAUCUUCAGAAAAAAUGUCCAUUUCAGAGGCAAAGAAACAGAUGCUAAUGGCCACAGAGAGUGCAGAUUUGCUUCUGGAAGCCCAGGCUGCCACAGGUCACAUCAUUGACCCUAUAACCAAUCGGAAAUUGACAGUAGAUGAGGCUUGUACAAGGGGAGUGGUGGACAGAAGUAUCCGAGACAAACUCUUAACAGCAGAAUCUGCAGCAGUUGGAUUCAAGGAUCCUCACACUGGAAAAUCUCUAUCAGUAUUUGAGGCGAUGAAGAAGGCAUUAAUUGAUAAAAAGACAGGAGUACGUUUGUUGCAGGCCCAGGAAUCUGCAGGGGGCAUUCUUGAUCCAAACCUCAGUGUUUUCCUGCCAAGAGACACAGCCAAGAUGCACAACCUUUUGGAUGAAGAGCUCUGUCGUGCCCUUAACCAGAAUCCAAAGCACUACCUUGAUCCAGACACAGAGCAGGAUGCUACUUACAGUGAUUUAAGGACAAAAUGUAAAACAGAGCCACAAACUAAUCUGCUGCUUCUGCCACUUACAGAGAGGAAAGAUCCCUCCAAACUGAUGUUUGAUGGUGUUCGCAAGCCAGUCUCUGGACAGCAAUUAUUAGAAUGUGGUGUCCUUGACAAACCAACAUUUAACAAGUUGAUCAAAGGGGAGAAAACUGUCCCAGAGGUUUCUUUAGAUAAAAAGAUAUUUCUUAAAGGAACAGGAUCCAUUGCUGGUGUCAAAGUUGGAUCUUCAGAAAAAAUGUCCAUUUCAGAGGCAAAGAAACGGAUGCUAAUGAGCCCAGAGAGUGCAGAUUUGCUUCUGGAAGCACAGGCUGCCACAGGUCACAUCAUUGACCCCAUAACCAAUCAGAAAUUGACAGUAGAAGAGGCUUGUUCAAGGGGAGUGGUGGACAGAAGUAUUCGAGAUAAACUCUUAGCAGCAGAAUCUGCAGCAGUUGGAUUCAAGGAUCCUCACACAGGAAAAUCUCUAUCUGUAUUUGAAGCGAUGAAGAAGGCAUUAAUCGAUAAAAAGACAGCAGUGCGUUUGUUGCAGGCCCAGGAAUCUGUAGGGGGUAUUCUUGAUCCAAAUCUUAGCGUUUUCUUGCCAAGAGAAACAGCCAAGACGCGCAGCCUUUUGGAUGAAGAGCUCUGUCAUUCUCUUAACCUGAAACCAAACCAUUACAUUGAUCCAGACACAGAGCAGGAUGCUACUUACAGUGAUUUAAGGACAAAAUGUAAAACAGAGCCACAAACUAAUCUGUUGCUUCUGCCACUUACUGAGAGGAAAGAUCCCUCCAAACUGAUGUUUGAUGGUGUUCGCAAGCCAGUCUCUGCACAGCAAUUAUUAGAAUGUGGUGUCCUUGACAAACCAACAUUUAACAAGUUGAUUAAAGGGGAGAAAACUGUCCCAGAGAUUUCCUUAGAUAAAAAGAUAUUUCUUAAAGGAACAGGAUCCAUUGCUGGUGUCAAAGUUGGAUCUUCAGAAAAAAUGUCCAUUUCAGAGGCAAAGAAAAAGAUGCUAAUGACUUCAGAGAGUGCAGAGUUGCUUCUGGAAGCCCAGGCUGCCACAGGUCACAUCAUUGACCCUAUAACCAAUCGGAAAUUGACAGUAGAUGAGGCUUGUACAAGGGGAGUGGUGGACAGAAGUAUUCGAGAUAAACUCUUAGCAGCAGAAUCUGCAGCAGUUGGAUUCAAGGAUCCUCACACAGGAAAAUCUCUAUCAGUAUUUGAGGCGAUGAAGAAGGCAUUAAUCGAUAAAAAGACAGGAGUACGUUUGUUGCAGGCCCAGGAAUCUGCAGGGGGCAUUCUUGAUCCAAACCUCAGUGUUUUCCUGCCAAGAGACACAGCCAAGAUGCGCAACCUUUUGGAUGAAGAGGUCUGUCAUGCCCUUAACCAGAAUCCAAAGCACUAUCUUGAUCCAGACACAGAACAGGAUGCUACUUACAGUGAUUUAAGGACAAAUUGUAAACCAGAGCCACAAACUAAUCUGCUGCUUCUGCCACUUACUGAGAAGAAAGAUCCCUCCAAACUGAUGUUUGAUGGUGUUCGCAAGCCAGUCUCUGCACAGCAAUUAUUAGAAUGUGGUGUCCUUGACAAACCAACAUUUAACAAGUUGAUUAAAGGGGAGAAAACUGUCCCAGAGGUUUCCUUAGAUAAAAUGAUAUCUCUAAAAGGAACAGGAUGCAUUGCUGGUAUCACAGUUGGAUCUUUAGGGAAAAUGUCCAUUUCAGAGGCCAAGAAAAAGAUGCUAAUGACCCCAGAGAGUGCAGAUUUGCUUCUGGAAGCCCAGGCUGCCACAGGUUACAUCAUUGACCCUAUAACCAAUCAGAAAUUGAGAGUAGAUGAGGCUUGUACAAGGGGAGUGGUGGACAGAAGUAUUCGAGACAAACUCUUAACAGCAGAAUCUGCAGCAGUUGGAUUCAAGGAUCCUCACACAGGAAAAUCUCUAUCAGUAUUUGAGGCGAUGAAGAAGUCAUUAAUCGAUAAAAAGACAGGAGUGCGUUUGUUGCAGGCCCAGGAAUCUGCAGGGGGUAUUCUUGAUCCAAAUCUCAGUGUUUUCCUGCCAAGAGACACAGCCAAGAUGCGCAACCUUUUGGAUGAAGAGCUCUGUCGUGCCCUUAACCAGAAUCCAAAGCAUUACAUUGAUCCCGACACAGAGCGGGAUGCUACUUACAAUGAUGUAAAGACAAAAUGUAAAACGGACCCAAAAACUAAUAUGCUGCUUCUGCCGCUUACUGAGAAGAAAGAUCCCUCCAAACUGAUGUUUGAUGGUGUUCGCAAGCCAGUCUCUGCACAGCAAUUAUUAGAAUGUGGUGUCCUUGACAAACCAACAUUUAACAAGUUGAUUAAAGGGGAGAAAACUGUCACAGAGGUUUCCUUAGAUAAAAAGAUAUUUCUUAAAGGAACAGGAUCCAUUGCUGGUGUCAAAGUUGGAUCUUCAGAAAAAAUGUCCAUUUCAGAGGCAAAGAAACAGAUGCUAAUGACCCCAGAGAGUGCAGAUUUGCUCCUGGAGGCCCAAGCUGCCACAGGUCACAUCAUUGACCCCAUAACCAACCAGAAAUUGUCAGUAGAAGAGGCUUGUUCAAGGGGAGUGGUGGACAGAAGUAUUCGAGACAAACUCUUAGCAGCAGAAUCUGCAGCGGUUGGAUUCAAGGAUCCUCACACAGGAAAAUAUCUAUCAGUAUUUGAGGCGAUGAAGAAGGUAUUAAUUGAUAAAAAGACAGGAGUGCGUUUGCUGCAGGCCCAGGAAUCUGCAGGGGGUAUUAUUGAUCCAAACCUCAGUGUUUUCCUGCCAAAAGACACAGCCAUAAAGCACAACCUUUUGGAUGAAGAGCUCUGUCGUGCCCUUAACCUGAAACAAAAGCAUUACCUUGAUCCAGACACAGAGCAGGAUGCUACUUACAGUGAUUUAAGGACAAAAUGUAAAACAGAGCCACAAACUAAUCUGCUGCUUCUGCCACUUACUGAGAAGAAAGAUCCCUCCAAACUGAUGUUUGAUGGUGUUCGUAAGCCAGUCUCUGCACAGCAAUUAUUAGAAUGCGGUGUCCUUGACAAACCAACAUUUAACAAGUUGAUUAAAGGGGAGAAAACUGUUCGAGAGGUUUCUGUAGACAAAAAGCUGUUUCUAAAAGGAACAGGAUCCAUUGCUUGUGUUACAGUUGGAUCUUUCGGAAAAAUGUCAAUUUUAGAUGCCAAGAAACAGAUGCUGAUGUCCCCAAAGAGUGCAAAUUUUCUUCUGGAGGCCCAGGCUGCCACAGGUCACAUCGCUGACAUAAUAUCCAAUCAGAAAUUGACAGUAGAAGAGGCUUGUGCAAGGGGAGUGCUGGAAAGAAGCGAUCGAGAAAAACUCUUAGCAGCAGAAGCUGCUGCUGUUGGCUAUAAGGAUCCUCACACAGGGCAAUCUCUCUCUGUCUGUGAGGCAAUAAAGAAGGGAUUGACUGACAAAGAGACUGUGGUUCGAUUACUGCAGGCACAGGAAUCUGCAGGGGGAAUUCUUGAUCCGAAUCUCAGUAUUUUUCUCCCGCGAGAAACUGCUCUGAAGCGUAACCUUUUGGAUGAAGACCUAGUUCGUGCACUUCAACAGAACCCUGAGUGCUACAUUGACCCAGAAACAGAGUGUGGUGCAAGCUAUGGGUCUUUAAAGAAAAAAUGCACAAUAGAACCUCAAACUGGUCUGAUGCUUCUGCCAUUUGCUGAGAAGAAAGAUCCUUCCAAACUGAUGUUUGAUGGCUUACGGAAGCCAGUCUCUGCGCUGCAAUUAUUGGAAUGUGGCGUUCUUGACAAACCAACAUUUGACAUGUUGAUCAAAGGGGAGAAAACUGUCCCAGACGUUUCUGCAGAUAAAAAACUAUAUCUAAAAGGAACAGAGUCUAUUGCUGGUAUCACAGUUGGAUCUUUAGGGAAAAUGUCCAUUUCAGAGGCCAAGAAAAAGAUGCUAAUGACCCCAGAGAGUGCAGAUUUGCUUCUGGAAGCCCAGGCUGCCACAGGUUACAUCAUUGACCCUAUAACCAAUCAGAAAUUGACAGUAGAUGAGGCUUGUACAAGGGGAGUGGUGGACAGAAGUAUUCGAGACAAACUCUUAACAGCAGAAUCUGCAGCAGUUGGAUUCAAGGAUCCUCACACAGGAAAAUCUCUAUCAGUAUUUGAGGCAAUGAAGAAGGCCUUAAUUGACAAAGAGACAGGAGUACGUUUGCUGCAGGCCCAGGAAUCUGCAGGGGGCAUUCUUGAUCCAAAUCUCAGUAUUUUCCUACCUAUUGAAACUGCUUUGAAACGCAACCUUUUGGAUCAAGACCUUGUUCAUGCACUUAAACAGAAUCCUGAAUGUUACAUUGACCCAGAAACAGAACGUGGCGUAAGCUAUGAGUCUUUAAAGAAAAAAUGCCCAACAGAGCCUCGAACUGGUCUGAUGCUUCUUUCUCUCACUGAGAAGAAAAAUCCCUCCAAACUGAUGUUUGAUGGCUUACGCAAGCCAGUUUCAGCACAGCAGUUGUUGGAUUGUGGUGUUCUUGACCAAUCAACAUUUAACAUGUUGAUCAAAGGAGAGAAAACUAUCCCAGAGGUAUCUGCAGAUAAGAAGGUUAAUCUUAAAGGGACUGGUUCCAUUGCUGGUGUAAGUAGUAGCAGUCAAGGCAACAUUUCUUUUUCAGAAGCUAAAAAACUGAAGAUCAUAUCAGAAGACAGUGCAAAUUUACUCUUAGAGGCCCAGGCUGCCACGGGUCACAUCAUUGACCCUAAGACAGAGCAGAAAUUGACUGUAGAGGUGGCAUGUAUCAGAGGAGUGGUGGAUUUCAAAGACCAAAGUAGGUUGUUAGCAGCUGAAAGUGCUGCCAGUGGUUUUAAAGAUCCUAGUUCAGGAAAGUUAAUGUCAUUGUUUGAGGCCAUGAAAAAAGGUUUAAUUGGUGAGAAAACUGGCCUAAAUCUUUUACAGGCCCAAGAUUCAGUUGGAGGAAUUUUAGAUCCCAAUCUUAGUGUAUUUCUACCUAAAGAUGAGGCUUUAAAGCGAAACCUGUUAGAUGAAAAACUCAUUCAUGCUCUUAAACAGAAUCCUCCUUGUUAUCUUGACCCAGAAACUGAAUGCAAUGUCAGCUAUGGGGCUCUGAAGGCAAAAUGUAACACAAACACUCACACUGGUUUACAUAUUUUGCCAGUGUCAGGAAAGCUUGACCCCUCCAAACUAGUUUUUGAUGGUGUACACAAGACAGUCACAGCACAGCAGCUCCUAGAUUGUGGAGUUCUGGACAAACAAACAUUUGACAAACUAAUGAAAGGGAAGAGAACUGUUUCAGAGGUUUCUGUAGAUAUUAAAAUGUUUUUAAAAGGGACAGGAUUAAUUGCUGGUGUAGCUGCUGGGCCUCUUGGAAAAAUGUCCUUCACAGAAGCAAAAAAACAGAAAAUCAUAUCUUCUGAGUGCGCUAACAAACUUCUUCUUGCCCAGGCAACUACAGGUCACAUCAUUGACCCCAGGACAAAUAAGAAACAUACAGUAAAAGAAGCAUGUGCCAAAGAACUAGUAGAUAAAGAAGAUGAAUCAAUAUUGUUUUCAGCUGAAACUGCUACUAUUGGGUAUCAAGAUCCAGAUACUGCCAAAUUUCUGUCAGUUGGCCAAGCUAUGAGAAAGGGAAUAAUUAACAAAGACACUGCAGUACAGCUCCUUCAGGCUCAGGACUCUGUUGGUGGAAUUUUGGACCCCAGUGUCAGUGUUUUUCUACCCAAAGACAUUGCAAUGAAACGAGGUCUUAUUGACGAGGACCUCUAUCAGGCACUGGCUAAGUCUCCCAAGUGCUAUCUAGACCCAGAUACUCAACAACCAACUACAUAUGCAUCACUGAAGACAAAAUGCAAAUCUGAUCCCAGCACUGGACUUUUGCUUCUCCCUAAACCUAAACAAUCAACUGUAAGGGGACUUCGAUACGAGGUGUCUGUCAUAGACCUGGUUGAUGCAAAGUUGCUAAGCAAAUCAGAUGUGGACCAGCUGAACGCAGGUAAACUUACAACCCAAGACAUUGAGGAUCGCCUCAGGUCAUACUUGGGAGGUUCCACAAGCAUAGCAGGAGUUUAUGAUGAAGCCAGUAAUAAAGUCCUACCAAUCUAUCAAGCCAUGAAGAAUGGACUUCUGCGACCUGGCCCAACUCUAGAACUACUUGAAGCCCAAGCUGCAUCAGGUUUUAUGAUUGAUCCUGUCAAUAAUCUCUUUCUGACUGUUGCUGAAGCCUACAAUAGAAGGCUUUUUGGGCCAGAGUUUAAGGAAAAUCUGCUUGCAGCAGAAAAGGCUGUUACCGGGUACAAAAUGCCUAUAACAGGUGAGAUAAUCUCCCUCUUUCAAGCCAUAGAGAAUUGUCUAGUGGAGAAGGGUCAUGGCAUUCAUCUGCUGGAGGCCCAGAUUGCCAGUGGAGGCAUCAUUGAUCCCCAACACAGCCACCGUAUUGAUAUGAAUGUUGCAUAUCAAAGAGGCUAUUUUAAUGAAGAAAUGAAUAAGAUCCUGACUGAUGACAAUGAUGAUACUAAAGGUUUCUUUGAUCCCAACACAGAGGAAAACCUGACCUAUCUGGAACUUAAAAAACGUUGCAUCUCAGAUAAGAACACUGGGCUUAUUUUGUUGCCAAUCAUAGACAAGAAAAAGCAAGAGUCAAGCAAAAAGAACACAGUAAGAAAGAGGAGAGUGAUAAUUGUGGAUCCAGAGACUGAUAAAGAGAUGACAGUACGUGAAGCAUACAACAAAGGGUACAUUGACUAUGAUACCUACCUGGAGCUGUCAGAGCAGGAAUGUGAGUGGGAAGAGAUUACUAUCACCGCUCCAGAUGGGUCCAUGCGGUUUGUUAUCAAUGACAGGUCAACUGGAAGACAAUAUGACAUCACUGACCUGCUAGAAAAGCGCGUCAUUGAUCAGUCUGUCGUGGAGCAGUAUCGUUCACAAGCUAUCACCAUCACUCAAUUUGCAGAUAUCAUCAGUAAGCAGGCUACACACAAAUCAUCAUCAUCAUCAUCAUCAUCAUUAUCAUCAUCUGUAUUAUCAUCAAACCUAAUCCCAGAACCAUCAGGAAGAUCAUCAGUUACAUCAUCAUCAUUGUCGUCAAUGCUAUCCACUUCAAGAACUUCAGCUUCUUUAAGCUCAUCUUCAGUAACAUCAUCAACCUCCAAAACAUCAGUAGUCCCUGUUCCAUCAAUUACAUCAUCUUCCUCAUCCUCUUCUUCAUCAACUGUUGUAUCGAGACCGUUAUCUCCUACAUUCACCAAAACAACUUCAACAAAAACUACCACCAUCGCAGAGAAACGCUCAUCAUCCAGCAUUAUCACUGAAAAAUGUUCAGGCUCCCUGAAGCAGGAAUCCCAUGUAUCGAUCACUCUGUCCCCUCCUCUUGAACCAGUUGGCGAGGUAGAGCCUGUAGGAGCCGUUUUUGACACAGAGGCAGUAGAGAAGGUUUCUAUCACAGAGGCUUUAAAUAGGGGUCUAGUAGAUUCUAUCACAGCCCAGAGAUUGCUUGAGGCCCAAGCUUGCACUGGUGGAAUUGUGAAUCCCACAGAUGGCAAGAGGGUUAGCAUACAAGAGGCUUCCCAAAUGGGUUUAAUAACUAAUGACAUGGUCACAAAACUUAAACCUGCCCAGAAAGCCUAUUUUGGUUUUGAGGAUAUAAAAACCAAAAGGAAGCUAUCAGCUGCUCUAGCCAUAAAAGAAAUGUGGCUACCAUAUGAGGCAGGGCAGAGAUUUCUGGAGUUCCAGGUUGCAACAGGGGGGCUUUAUGACCCAGAAAAGGGCUGUAGAAGAAGCAUUGAGGAUGCUUUGAAAAUGGGUUGGGUGGAUCUAAGAGCGGCAAAAAAGCUCCAGGAUGUCAAAAACCAUACAAAAAAUUUGACAUGUCCCAAAAGCAAACUUAGGAUUUCUUACAAAGAAGUCCUUGAUAACUGUCUAGUUGAAGAGGGUACUGGGGUGAAAAUACUUCAGGCAUCAUCUGUAUCUUCUAGAGGUAUCAGCAGUCCAUACAAUAUUGCUUCAGCCCCAGGAUCCAAGUCAGGAUCCAGAAGUGGCUCCCAAAGGGGCUCCCGCAGAAGCAGUUUGGAUCUGGGAUCAUCAUUAACAAAAUAUAAUUUUACUAGCUUUACCAGCUUUUCCUCUACCAGAUAAAUCCAUUAAAUACAAAGGCCUUUAUAUUCACCCACUUUUCUUGCAAAUUAAGUAAUCGUUUUUACAAUAUUGUCAGUGUGUGGGAAUUUUCAAAAUAUUUUCUCUCUGUGCAGUAGAAAUGUUUUUAGUUCUUUUUUUUGCAUUUGUUUUUACUUUGCCUUUGGCACUUCAAGUAAAAGAUAUGAAGAACACACAUGGACAGAUUUAUGACAAUCAACAAAAGUAUUACCAACAGCCACCUUAAGGUAUUUGGAGAGGAAAUAAAUGUGUUAUGUUGAUUAUUGGUAUCCUUAAAAUAAUUCUUAAAAUUAUUGCCAGUUUUCUUUUUGCAUGCUCUGUUUCAAAAAUGUUAUUUUCCAAAGUUUCAUGGAAUAUGGCUAUCCUCUCAAUUUGAAUAAUUACUAUAUUCAGCUUUUGUUUUAUGAAUCAUAUCUAUGUUUGUUUUAUGGGGUAUAUUGGUUUAAUGGUUUUGUUUUACUGAGCAAUUUUUAAAGAAUUCUGUUUUCUGAUUAGCACUAUAUACGCUGUUUAAUUUGUUACCAUCAUUUAUUAAAGAAGAGUUUGUACCCUUGUGGAUUUGAAACCAUCUUUGUGAAUGGUUCUUAUUAAACAAUAACCGAACACAUUAAAGACAUGUAUUCUCUUA